AUGUCCGGCGCAGGCCUGCUCGCGACCUUCUGGUACGACCAGGAACCUCUGACCCUUGACCUCGCGAAAGCGCGCCCACGUGUCUGCUCGCAAGAUGGACAGGGCACCAACCUGGCGUUCCACGUGGAGCGGCGCCGGCGGGGCUAUGCGUGGAUCACGCUGGGGAACCUGUACGAUGUGCAGCAGAAGGACUCUGUCUUUCAGCAAGGAUUCUACGGUCAGCUGGCUCGCGUUAACGUCUGGCACAGGUCUCUCGACGCAGACACGGAGAUACCGGCCCAGGCGUCCGGCUGUAAGACGGCACCGGUCAUCUACGAUGGUCUGGCGGUGCGCUGGUCGGGUUACGAUGACGUGUACGGUAAGGUGGAUGUCGUGCACAACAGCGAGUGUGGGGAGGUCGUCUGUCCGCCAGGAUACGGAGGCAUCAACUGCAGCGUCGCGCUAACAGACAAGAUCCCACCCCAGGCAGACUUCUGUCCGGCAGACAUCCGGGUCGUGACCCCGCACAGGCAGACCGUCGUCGACUGGGCAGAGCCGCGAUUCUUCGACGACCGAGAGAUCGUGCGGCAGAACCAGACGUACCGUCCGCGCGACCUCUUCACGUGGGGCGACUACCUCGUCACGUACGCAGUGUUCGACGCUGCCGGAAACGUCGGCACAUGCAGCUUCCGUCUAUACGUGCUGCGAGAGGACUGCAAGCAGCCUGAGGUACCUGCGAGCGUAGUGGAGCAGUGUGAGGAGUGGGGGCCGGAGGGACAGUACCGCUACUGCACGGUGGCGUGUGCAGACGACAGCCAGCGAUUCUCGCAGCCGAUGCCGGGAUUCUACAGCUGUGGGUCGGACGCGACGUGGCGACCUAACCGCGGCGUAGCCAGCAAGCUGUCCUACCUACCCUGCACAGACACGCGCUCGCCGGACGCGCGCGUCGUCCUGCGCAUGAACUACCACACGGAGAACCCGUGCAGCAAGGACACGCGCGCCAGUCUACAGGUGUCUCUAAUGACCGGCAUGCACCUCAUGAACGCGGCGACGCCCAUGUGCGCCGACCCCAACUGUGACUCGCUCAACGUCACCGUGGACUGUGUGGAGUCCGGCAGCGGUGGCAUGUACGUGUCACGCGCCAGCUUCGUCACGCCGAGUGAGUCGCUAGGUGGAGUGCUGGAAGCUGUACAGAACAGCGUGAUGAACAACGAUGCGCUGGCCAUACAACACAACGUAGACCGCGUGAGCAAGGAUCUCUCCUCCUUCUCCCUCCUCCCGGAGCCAUACUGCACUGCAGGCAGCACCUUCCUUCACGACACCUGCGGUAAGAGGGCAGGAGGCGAGGAAAAAUCAUUUUCGGGAUGCGGGAUUGGAUGAUUUUAAUUGUCCAGGAAUUGGCGAAAUACCCGAUGUAUUUUUUUUAAAGUUGAAGUGAAAUACCAAU